AAAAAUUGUAAACAUUCUUUUGUUUCAGUAUCGGGGUGAAGACCUUUCUGGUAUAUUUUCUUUUUAAUUACUUCAAAAUUGUUGUUCAUUUCGAUCAAAAUUAAUCGUGUAAAUGUCCCGGUGUCUACCUUACAUAUGUGUUCUGGAUAUCGAAAUUAUGUAAUAAAUUAUUUAUUCGCAUCGACCUAAAUGGACGAAGUGGUAUUUCGAGCAUCUGAAACCAUUGACAGCUUGCAGCAUCAUCUUCGAGUGGCUGCUGAUGAAGGUAAAGCCGCUAUUGUUAGUACAUCCGGAAAAUUAUCAGACGUUUUCGUUCAAGCUUUAAACAAUGACCGAUACUUAGAAAUUAAAGAUGGUGUUAUUCGAUAUUUUACACUUCUGUUUUUAUAUGCAAAUGACAUACAAGAGUACAUAGUGGAGAGGUGUAACCCCGCUUACUUAUACGAAAAGAUAUCAUGGAUUUUUACAUCAAAUGCAACUAAACGAGAUGUGUUAAUAGGUGGUACUGGAAUUAUUGUUGGAUUUGCUAUUGGGUAUUAUACAUCAAGAGUAUAUUAUCCCAGUAAACAAUAUUUAGGACGAUGCAUGCAAGCUGUACAAUGUUUAAGAUAUUCAGGUUUUGUGUCUGCAACUGUGGUAGAUGAUGCAAUUGGUCCAACAUCCUGUGAAAGCAAUCAGGUAUUAAUAGAUGUUAAAGCUUGCUCAUUAAAUAAGAUAGAUAAAGAAAUAUGUCAUGGAUAUGGUUCUAGGAUUAGAGGUUUUCUAAUUAAAAAUUUUAAGUAUUAUCAAGAUGAACUUCCGGUAACACUUGGUCGUGAUUGCGCAGGCAUAAUAGUCGAAAUAGGUAGAAAUGUGACGCGUUUCGAAGUUGGAGACACAGUUUGGGCAACAACACCUUUUUGGUCACCUGGUACAAUGUCGAAAUAUGUUGCAUUGCCAGAACGGCAUGUGGGAAAAAUGCCACCUGAUUUAGGUUUUGAGAGCGCAACUAGUAUUCCGUUUUGUGGCGGAAUUGCCCUGGAUGCUUUAAAAUCUGUUGAUUUAAACGUGUUAAACGCAGAAGGAAAAACAGUGUUUGUUCAUGGUGGAUGUUCAGCUGUUGGUUGUCUUGUGGUACAAAUAUUAAAUUACUGGGGUGCAAAAGUAACUGUAUCUUGUUAUAAACGAGCUGUUCCUGUUGCAAGAGCUUUACAAGUAAAUGAUAUAAUACCUUUGACUUCAUAUCGUGGGGAAGAUGCUGUAGUAAAAUCGAAUAAUGCACAUUUAUUAAAAAAAGAGCUUGAUUUGCAUGAAAAAUUUUGGGCGAUUAUUGUGACGGUACCAUGUGAAAUGGAUUUAUCUGAAUUGAAAACAUAUUGUAAGGAUGGUGGUAACGUUAUUCUAACGUUACCUCAACCAAUUUUGUCUGACCGAUAUGGAUUUUUGCUCAAUAAAUUAUAUGGAUUUUAUAUCCAAUUAAGGGCUUUCAUUCAGAAAUGUUCUAAUGAAGGUUUAAAAGAUUUUGGUGAAACACACAUCUGUUAUGAAGAAUUGGAUCGAUUAUCUCAAUAUAUAGAAAAUGGUGUCAUUCAAAGUGUUGUGGACAGAGUUUAUCAACCUUAUGAAAUUGAUCAGGCUUUAACUCAUAUACAAACUUUAGAUGCAAUAGGAAGUACUGUAAUAACGUUUAGGUAGUUGAAAUUGUUUAGGGGUUAUCGUUUUUUUAAAGGGUUUUACACGAAUAAAAGAAUGAAUACUGUAAUACCUCAUUAUGUCUCUAAUUGGUACAAAUUGUUAUUUAUAUUAUAGUAACAUUUUUUACUUUACAAUGUCUUGAAGACGAUUGUGCCUUUUUGCUAACUGCCAAAAAAAUAAUAAACGAAAACUCAUCAAAUCAUAGAUCUUCCAACUUUAUUGCAUUUUGUUAUUGUUUUAUCUUUAUUAGUCAUGUACCUAAAUGAAAUAAAAUUGUCUACUCCUACAA